AUGGACUGGGAUUCUCCUUGGCGCCACAUUGAGAUGGGCGAAUGCGAUCCCAUCUUGGAGCUCAAUGAAGCAUACAAACGGGACACGGAUCCAAAAAAAAUAAACCUCAGCAUCGGCGCCUAUAGAAAUGAUGAAUCAUCGCCUGUUGUUUUGGACUGUGUCAAAAAGGCCGAAAAGGAGCUUCUCCCCAAAAAAUAUCCCUUCAAGGAAUAUGCACCGAUGGGUGGGGUGGACGAGUUUUGCGAGCUCUCAAAAAAGCUGAUUUAUGGAGAAAAUGUCUGCACGCAAAAUGUCGCAAUCGUCCAGUCAAUCUCUGGCACGGGUGCAUUGAAUUUGGGAGCCUCGUUUCUUUCCAAAUUUUUGCCCGGAGAAACACGAAAAGUUCUGAUCUCCGAUCCGUCUUGGAGCAACCACAAAAGCAUCUUUACUAAUUUCGAGUUCCAAACUGAACAGUAUCCCUAUUACGACAGGCGCACUCACACGCUAGACGAGCAGGGCAUGCUCAAGGCUCUUCAGGACGCCCCUUCUGGCAGCAUCGUUGUGCUGCAUGCCUGUGGACAUAACCCAACGGGACUGGACCCAUCCCCACUGCAGUGGAGGCUAAUUCAUGAGGUUAUCAAACAAAAGGCCCAUAUCUCGUUUUUUGAUUUGGCUUAUCAAGGAUUUGCAACAGGCGACUUGGAAAAGGAUAUCUUUGCAAUUCGCCAUUUCAUCACGGAUCCCCCCGGUCCGAUUCUUGUUGCCCAAAGCUAUGCCAAGAACAUGGGCAUGUAUGGCGAAAGAGUUGGCACUCUAUCUGUGUGGUGUUCAGGAAAACCCCAAAAGGAAGCUGUUGUCUCGCAGCUAAAGCUAAUAAUAAGAAAAAUCUAUUCCUCUCCGCCAAUCCAUGGCGCUCGACUGGUGUCGCUGGUGCUUGGAAAUGAGGAAUUGAAAAGAUCGUGGCAGGCCGAAUUGAAAGAAAUGACCGCCAGGAUCAUCGCUAUGCGCACAUCCCUUCGUGAAGAGCUUGAAAAACUGGCCCCCAGCAGAACCUGGAAGCACAUUACUGACCAAAUCGGAAUGUUCUGCUAUACCGGCCUCACGCCAGAGCAGUGUCAUCGCCUUUUGACCGAAUUCCAUAUCUACAUGACGUCGGAUGGAAGAAUGAGCAUGGCCGGUGUCACCACCUCCAAUGUGAAGACCAUUGCCGCUGUAUUCUCAAAAGUUUUGCAGUAA